UUCUCAUAGAAGUUUAAUUUGUCAUCGCUAUUUGUGUACAAUGAUAGGUGAACGUCAAAUGGGUCGGUAUCUUUUGCCGAUGAUUUGUUUUGUUUAUCUUGCUAAAACAGCGAGUGGUGCCAAUGGCUGUCAAAAUGGGUGGGAAUCUUUCAAAGACAAAUGCUUUCUGUUCUCAGAAGAUCAGAAAUCUUGGGGUGAUGCAAAGAGCCAUUGUAAAUCCCUAGGAGCACAAUUAGCAGAACUGAAAGACUUUGACACAAAUGAAUUUGCAAAACAUUUUCUCAAUCUCAAGUACCUUUUUCAUGAUGAACAAACAAGACACAAUUUUUUCAUCGGUUUAUCGGACCAAGACCAUACAAAUAUUUGGAAAUGGGCCAGAAGUGGUGAAACAGUUGAUUUUACCGACUGGACCUCCGGUGAACCUUCAGGAGGAACAGAACAUUGUACUGUUUUAUGGGGAUACAUUGGUUAUUGGUGGAAUGAUGAAGAAUGUCAAAAGAAAUUCCAGUAUAUUUGUGAAGCUGAUAAGACAUUGCCUGUUGUUGGAAAAUGAUAAGAAAACUUUUGUCCGCUUUGUUUAUUUAUUGUUUAAAUAAGUUUUUUCCGUUCACAAAAUCGUGAAGAGUUAACAAAAAUAAUUAAUAAAACGUCAAUUAAAUUUCACAACCAGGACAUGGUUAACUGCAACUAAUAAUGAAAGAAAAUAAAACUAUAAAGUUCAUGCGUCCGAUUUCUGUUUCACCUUCAUAAGGAACGCACAAACAUUAAGAUUUGAAAAGCCAGACACUUAUGUUUGGAGCUAAACAACCAAAAAAAUAGAUCUUAAGGAUGUUCGCUACUCUAUUUCAAAAUAACAACCUUUUCAAAAGACUGUUUUAAAUUAAUAGUUUUUAAAUAAAGAAACUAAAAAAGCAGAAAAAAAUGAAGGGUCCGUGUGCUUGUUUUCGAGAUAUAAGCCAUUGAAAAAUUUGGCGGGAAAUAAUUCUUCCUAGGCUUUUCAUACAUUAAACAUUGGCACCCUUUUUCUUUCAAAAAUUAUGAAAAAAUAACAAGGAUUUAAUUGCAUUUUUUCAUGUUUUUUUUUAAAUAUAAUUAUGUAAUAAAAUUAUGAAAAGAAAAGUAGGGGUUAGCGGGGAAUUUUUUUUAAUGGCACUACAUGGAUAAAAUCAGAGGAUUCCGAAUAUCUGGCAAAAAUUCAAAAACAAGAGGAGCGAACAUCCUUAAUAUGAUAGUCAAAUACAUCUAUGGUCAUCUAUGAGAUUUGACCAGUUUGAAAUGAAUUUGUUUUAAUCACGAGAUCAAAAUCCUGAAGAAGAUGACACUAAUCAAGUGCAAAAUUAAUAUACUUUUGAUUUGUUUUUAAAUUGUCAACAUAUCUACAUAAAUAUACAAAAAAGACAUUUAGAAUUCUGCGCUUUCAAUUGUUGUUUAGGACAUUUUAUAAACAAAAUUGCAAAUUUUGGGUAAUCAUCUCCAAUGUUUUCCUGGGUUUAUCAUACAGCUUUCCUGACUAUCGUACCGCAGCACAAAAAAUUCACAACUUUUAUAGACCCAGGACGUUUAGAGCUUGAAAUAAUGUUUAAACAUAUGUAAAAUAUUGAAAACUGUAGGUUGCUCUCUAGAUGUCUUUUGGUUAAGUUUGCUGUCUUAUUGACGCAUACCACAUACAUGUAUGUCCUUGUAUCCUUGCUAUACAUGUUUUCACUGUGUUAAAUGGUUUCUGUCAUAUUAAAACUUGACAUCAGUUUGUUUGACAUUUUACCAUUUUAAGAAAAACAGGUAUCUUUGUGAUAUAUCGACAUCUUUUGUUGAUUUUGAAAGGCAUCGUGGUUUGAUUAAAAUAUAACAAAGCAAUGGUAUAUAAAAAAGUUUUCUUUUGUAAUAAUGUAGAUAGGUAUUAUACAUCAAUGUUAUAGGCAAAAAAAGUAUACAAAAGAAAAAGACUUCUAGAGUUUUUUUUAUUAUAAAAUACAGAAAUAAACAAAAGUUGUAAUUAAGAUUUCUCUCUCAAAACUCAUAGUCGUCCUCAAUAUGUAUGAAAUAUUUGCCACUGGACGUUUAAGGACCAAGAAUCAAUCAAUCAAAACUCAUAGCGAGGGAAACAGUUUGCAGUUUCCGAUCAAAGUCUACUUUUGUGUUUCCCACUGUGUGCAGAACUAACCAUCAAGGUGGCUUGUGCCUCCAAAUUCAAAUCGGUUAAAGAAUUUAUUGAUGCGAUGAAGGCUGUAUGUUUAUCGUGAAAAACCUUAAAUACACAAAAAAAAAAAAAAAAAAAAAAAAAACACAAAAAACA